AUGGCUACUCAAGGUCAGUCUUUACGUUUCCCUCAAACCUUGAGGGCGCCUUCCACAAAAUCAGUAUCUAGUUACUAUAAUUUUGUUAUUCAGCACUCAGGAGAGCUUGCCCUUGUAUGGGAAGCCAAUGUCACGUAUUGGAGGAUUGAUUUGAGCUCCAAUGAUGUUAUUAUGGAAGCAAUAUUUGAUUCUAAUGGUGCUUUAGGGCUAGUUGAUGAUAAAAGUAGAACAGUUUGGUCCGUAGCAAGUGAGGACUUUGAAGAUCUCUCUGUGGCUUUGAGGCAUCUUAGGAUUGAUUCUGACGGUAACCUGAGAAUUUACUCAUGGGUUAAUUUGCUUCAUGCUUGGAGAGUAGGGUGGCAGGCAGUUGAGAACCAGUGCAACAUCUUCGGUUCUUGUGGUUUGUACAGCAUAUGUGGCUUUAAUUCGACAGGACCUAUUUGUGAUUGUCUGUAUCAGGAUUCAGUUGCUUGGGGAUCUGACCUUCCCUUGGUGGAUUCUAGUGGUUCUGGAUGCAGGAAAAUGGCUGAUUUGGAGAACUGUAAGAUGAGGACUAGCAUGUCAACCCUGAGACAGACAGUUCUGUAUGGUCUUUAUCCCCCUCAAGAUGUUGAUAUGAUGCUAAGUGAGGCAGCUUGUAAAGAGUAUUGCUCCAAUGACACCAGUUGUAUGGCAGCCACUUCAAAAAAUGAUGGCUCGGGAGUUUGUACAAUUCAAAGAACGAGCUUUGUAAGUGGCUAUAGGAGCCCAUCAAGUCCUGCAGUUUCCUUCUUGAAGGUGUGUUUGGUUCCUCAGGCAGUUUCAGCUAGGGGAGCUAAUCCCCACAGCAGUGCCAAGUCAAUUCCUUUGACAUCUACAAGAUUCCUUGGUCGUGGAGGUGACAAGAAUAUGUUUAUAAGGGCUAUCAUUUUAAUAGUUUCGGUAACAACCAUGGGCUUUAUCACCAUUGAGAUUUUUGUGCUUUGGUAUAUCUAUCGAAGAUGGCAAACUGAAGCUCAAGCAAGGAUCCCAUUUGGAAAGUACACUCUGAUGAAUCAUCAUUGCAGCUUUCUCAUCAGAGUAUCUUUUGAGGAGAUAAAACAGAUUACUAGUAACUUUUCAAACCAGCUUGGCCCCUGUGUCUACAAAGGUGUGUCUCCCCAUAAAAGCCCUAUUGUUGUGAAGGUAUUGGACAACGUUGUUGCAAGCGAGAAAGAUUUCCAAGUUGUGGUUUCUACCUUGGGCCAAAUGUAUCAUCGGCACCUUGUGCCUCUGAAGGGUUCCUGUUUUGAAGCAGAACACAAGUGUCUGCUAUAUGAGUAUAUUUCAAAUGGCUCUUUGGAUAAGUGGCUAUUUGACGUGGAGAAAAGAAAGACUGAACUAAAUUGGCAACGGAGGCUUGAUAUUGCUCUUGGGGUUGCCCGAGCGCUUGCAUAUUUGCACACAGAGUGUCAAACAUGUGUAGCACAUGGGAACUUGAAGCUUGAAAAUGUCUUGCUUGAUGAAAAGCUUGUUCCAAAGGUUACAGAUUUUGGGCUUAGGACCCUUCUCGGAAAGGAAGCGGCUUCUUCUUCAGAGUCUCCAAUAGAAAGAGAUAUUUUCAUGUUCGGGGAGAUGCUAAUGCAAAUUGUUACCUGUGAAAGUGACAUUCUUGGUGGCGAUAUGCACUCGCUCAUUACUAUGAUUAAUGAAGAACAUAAAUUGGAGGAUAGCGUUGCUUCUGAAAAAUUAGAAAGAGCUGUAAGAAUAGCUCUUUGGUGUUUGCAAAACCAACCAUUUUUACGGCCUUCCAUUGGUGAAGUGGUUAAGGUAUUGGAAGGUUCACUUUCGGUAGAUAGGCCCCCAUCAAAUUUUGCUUUUAAACAGGGCUGAUAGAUGGUUGACUGAGAUUGAAGUAAAUGCCUAGAAGAAGACUGACUUAGGUUUCUCAUAUAUAGUAUAGAGCUUGGGAGGUUUUGGUUUCCAAGUAACUGAUUAAUUACAAGGAUGCUGCAUGUUAUUGACAUUUCUGAGAUAUAAAUGAUACUG